AUGCCUGUUAUAAUCGCAAGUAAAGGAACCAGUUUAUGGGAGGAUAUAUGUGCUGAGUAUGCAGCCAAACGUGCUCAAGUCAUAGCGAAUGCACCACCAGGUUCAUUUCUCUAUGCGGAAAAGAAACAUUCUGAUACUAAUGGAUCGAAGAAAUCUUCGUACGAUAAGCAAAUCUAUGAUCCAGCAAAACACACGCCUGUCUUUUGCAAUCAGUCUUACGUUGCUGCUCCUAUCGAUGACAUCACACAGAUUCAAAUCGAUACACGUAUAUCUCAUCCAGCUUGUAUUACUUAUGCUCUAUCGCCAGUGGAUGAAUUUCAACGAGAAUUAGCAGCGCAAACAGCGAGUCAACGUCCGAAAACGCCAAUGAAAAAAAGUCCGAAAGAAAUACCAACGAUCGAAUAUUUAGAAAACUAUGUUUAUCCGAUUUUAUUGAAAGGUAUUGAACAAUUGUUAAUCGAAGCCGAAAAACGCAAAUGUUUAGAACGAAAACGCAGUGCUUUCAAUGCAUUGGAUUACCUAACACGAUAUUUAUAUUACAACAAUCCCGAACGAAGCGAAGUCACUGACGCGCAAACCCGUGAAUUAUCGUUUAAAGACAGAUCUCUUGAAGAUAUUCCUUUUGUUCGUACACAUUUUGAAAAACACCCACGAGCGCCCUUACCAAAAUCGCUUCUAUGGGGUGAAGAAGAAGCUGCAUUGAAAAUUCAAUCCUUCUAUCGUGGUUAUCGUAUUCGUAAACAGCCGGAAAUACAAGAAUUACGUCAAUGGCAGCGGGAUUGGCGCGAAUCUAAUCGAAAUAUUCAUGACGUUGUCGAAGAUUUCUGGCGACAACGAACAUCACCAGCACCUGUUUAA